AUGGAGGCAUCGGACACUUACCUCAUACGACCAAAUCACCAGCACAAGUGAGCGAGUUACACUUUAAAGAGAAAACUUUAACAGGGGAGUCUGUUUUAGCUGAUUAUAUGUGUAAAGCUAACUGUUAGCCACGGUAGGAGGUCCAGGUCGUGAACAGAAGCACUAUCAUUUAUGUGUGACUUGUGUCAGUCUAAAUAAUGUGGUUCUGUUUUCGGUUUGGUAGUCCUGUAGAUGUUGAAAUAUUUAGUUCUUGUGUUUUUAAAGUUUGGCUAAUUGUGAAAAAAGUGAAAUGAAAAAUGGUAAAUCGCUCUCAGUUAUCCACCUGUUGCACCAUAAAUAGCCGAAAUUGUCCUUUUUUUUUUUUUACUGUUGAAGGCCCCAUACACGGGGUAAGUUGACCAUAGGAGACCACUUUUUUUGGCAUGCUAUAUUAUCAAUACAGUUAUGUUUACACUCAUUCUGUUGGUUUGCAGGGAUGAAGAACAUCUUGAAAUAUCUGCAGAUCCACCAGUUAGAGACAAAACUAUGAUUGCCUUGAUGUAGUGAUCUGAAAUAUGAAAAAUGGCUCAUCUUACCCCACUCUCCCCUACUGUUCUUAAAUAUCCCAGGUUCAAACCGGCUGUUGUGAAGGAGUGUAUUCGUGAAGUUGUGAGGGAAAGGUUGUCUGGGUUGAGGUACGACCCAGAAGAAGUGCCAGAGCUGUCCCGCUCUCUGGCAGACUGCAUCAAGGACAAAGUGAAGAGUGAGUGACGCUUCAUCCACCUUAGACGAAGAUACCAAACAAGAAUUGUUGUAUUUUUUUGACACCAGAUAUCAGCUGAAAACAAAGCAAGUCCUACUUGUAAAUGCAAUUUCGUUACAGAAUGUUUACCAUCCUCUCAUGUAUUUUCUGCAAAAUGAAAAUACAGUUAUGUUGGUUUAACUGUUUUGUAUAUUUUUGGUUAUUUUAGAUGUUUUUCGAGACUUUGAGAUUUUAAUGCCGUUUUUAAAUGUACUGCUGCUUCAUAAAAAUUUCACUCAGAUGGAUAAUGAAGUUUUUUUAAAUUCAAAUGAGUUUAUUUGCCAUGACUGUCCUGCUCUCUUCCUCAACAGAUUCAGGGUUUGAUAGAUAUAAGCUUGUCGUGCAGGUGGUCAUUGGAGAGCAAAGAGGGCAAGGAGUCAAGUAAGUAACUUUUAUUGGACAGGUAAAAAACAAGAAGUGCUAUAUUUUUUAAAACAACUGCAGCUUUCCUGUUGUUUGGGGAAAUUAGGUGUAAAAUAUGUCACGCUAUUGAAGACAGUAUAGUGUGUAGUCCUCCGUUGAAGGACAUUGACUCAGAUCUGGUAUUCAAAACAGUGAGGUGUCAGUACAUAUUGAAACAGCAAAAUCAAACGCCUCCUUUUUGUUUUUAUUUUUAGGACCAAGUCUAACAUUUGUUGCCAUAUAUGCCACAGUGCUCUUGGGUUAAUCACAGGUCACAGAUUUCAGCUUCUGAUACUUUGUGACUUUGUUGCUAGGUGACAAGUGACACAACUUUCAGAAAUGGAUCCCCAUUGUUUGAGAUACUAACCGGUCUACCUUCUAAUCUGUUUUACCAGGAUGUCCUCAAGGUGUUUAUGGGAUGCUGACACAGACAGUUAUGCAGAAGAUGUUUUCAUGAAUGUAGGUGCCUUUUUUAUGUCCAGUGGGAAGUCAGAGUAGACAAAAAGAUUUCCUAAAAGACUGUUUUUCUAACCUGAACUGUUUCCCCCUCUGUAGGACAGCUUGUUCUGUGCAGUGGCAGUUUUUGGAAGCUAUUACUACUAA